CAAACGCCGAAAAGUAAAUUUAAAGACCAAGUCGAAACAGUGAAGCUACCAUUCCAUUGCAACUAUAAAGUGAUAGUUUUUAUUGAAACAAAAAAUCAAAGAGUGUUGGGAAAAAUGUCUCUAGUGCCAAUCUUCUUCCGUGACUGGUGGGACGAUGGCUGGUGGAAUGGACCGUUGCGCACCUCGCGCCUAUUGGAUCAACGCUUUGGCAGUGGAAUUUUCAACGAUGACCUCUUCCGAUCAAUGUCCUGCUGCCACCCGCAAGAAUUGAGACGACUAGGAUUCGGAAGACCGUGGGCCAAUCUCAGCCAGCAGUUGGGAUCGACCGUGGCAGAUAAGGAUAAGUUUCAGAUCAAUCUCGAUGUGCAGCAAUUUACUCCGAGUGAGAUCACCGUUAAAACCGUCGACAAUACGAUUGUGGUGGAAGGAAAGCACGAAGAAAAACAGGAUGAACAUGGUUUCAUUUCGAGGCAUUUCGUGAGGCGUUAUGUGCUACCAGACGAACAUGACCCAAAAAAUGUCUUUUCGAGCCUUUCCUCGGACGGAGUUCUGACAAUCACGGCUCCCAAGAAAGCACUUCCACCAGCACCAGCUGCCAUCGAGAGGAUCGUUCCAAUCACCAAGACGGAAGAAAGUUCAAAAUAGAAUGCUUGUGAAUAACGUUUGUACCUACCUGAUAUUGAAAAUGUGAUUAUUUAUUGAUUAUGAAUGGGAAGGUCCACAUAAUAAUUUU